GUUUAUUAUUGGAUACCAUCGCAACCGCACACUGGCUAAUACAAUAGCUAAUUUAAGAGGAACGUUCUAAAAAGACUCAAUUUAGAUUUUAGGCCUAUGAGGAUGAAGAUUCACUUCUGAUGAAGAACUGAAGACACGGGUGGAUCCAUGGCUCGCAGCUCACCAUUAAACAUUUUCUAAAUGAGGGAAUACGGAAGCUUGUUGGCAGACGGACAAAGUCUAAUGAAAAAUUCAGGUGUAUUGUACACAGGAUGAAUUUGCCCUUACAUCUUCGAGGAUGCCGGCAGGUCAGAGUGAUGUGAGAGCAAAGCCAAGAACCUACAUAGAUGAAGUCUUAAGGAGACAUACCAAUCCUCCUUUACAAAAGAAAAAGCCCAAGCAACAAUCUGAGCAGCUGCAGCAGAAUGUGGAGCUUCAGACCUUAAAGAAAAACCUGUCCAAACACACAGAGGAAGAUGAGACUAUUCUCAAUAACACAUAUGACCCUGUCCAGGGCAGCCCAAGGUACACGAAGAACAGACGCAGAGAGAACGAGGUGUUCAAGAAGGCCAACAUCAGUCAUGUGGGUGAGGAAAUGUCCACUGCAAGCUCAGGAAGAAAGAGAAGCAAAAGAGCACUCCCUCCACCACCGUCUAUUCAAGAUGAAGACGAGAGUGAAAAGAAUGCCCUGUGGUCUGAAACGAAACCUUCUACUGGGGCAGAUUCAGUGCAGAAGAGGAAGGGUAAAAAAGGGAAGAGUAGAGGAGGCGAUGAUGCCGGUGAUACCAGAGCAGAGUCUGAAAACAAAGAUGAUCUCCUUCAGGAGUAUCAGCGACAGAUUAUGCAGGAGGAGCAAGCGGCUAUACAGAAACCCCAACAUAAGAAACCGAGUGAAAGGCUUCAAGAAGUAGUCGUGUUAAACAAUGAAUUUGAAAAGAAGAAGAAAAAGAGGAAUCUGAAAGAAAGUAAAAAAGAUGAAAGUGAACUUCCCUCGUCAAGUCACCAAAAUCGGAUGGAUUUAGCAGCUGAUAAAACUAAAUCAAAGGAUGACUUUCAAAAGGAUAUCUCAGAGGAGGAGAAAGAAGACAUAGUCAAGCCUAUAGGCAAAAAGAAAAAGAAGAGAAAGCAAGACGUAACAGUAGAGGACAAUCAGGCAGAAGUGGAUGCACUCCCUCGUCAAGCCUUUGAUGACAGCCUGGUGCUGGGAGUUUAUGUUCACCGUACAGACCGACUCAAGACGGACCUUCUGGUGUCCCAUCCCAUGGUCAAAGUCCAUGUUGUGGAUGAAAUAACUGGACAGUAUGUCAAGAAAGAGGACUGCCAUCGUCGAGUGUCUUCCUUUUACGAACAGGAGAAUGUCGAGCAUGUCCUUCCCAUUAUAACUCAGCCUUUUGACUUUAAGAAACAGAAGUCAAUCGUUCCUGAGUGGGAGGAGCAGAUCAUCUUUAAUGAGCGCUUCAGUUAUUUUAUCCAACAGAAUGAUGAAGCUCCAAAGGUCAUCCUUUUUUUCGAGAUACUUGAAUUCAUGAGCAUGGAGGAAGCAAAGGCAAAUGCCUCAGCUGACUUAAGCGAGCGAGGAUUUCGCAAGAUUGCUUGGGCUUUUUUGAAGCUUGUUGGGACCAAUGGUGUGCUGAAUGUUAGCAGCAAACUGCGCCUCCAGCUGUACAGCCCUCCACCAAGAGCUAGGAAGACUCCCCAAACACUCGAGGUGUUUCAGUGGUGGUCGAAAUACCCCUGGAACAGAUAUGCCUCCACUCUUUAUGUCACAGUGAAAGGCCUCAAACUACCAGAACAUGUGGACCCCAGCAUACGCUCAAUGAUGGCUCUGCAGCAGGAGAGGGGCAGCACCUCAUACACUGAGCUCCACUCUGAACUGGCUCAGAACACUUUCACCCAGCUGUUGGAGAGCAAAGCAGAUGCCAUAAAAUGGAGCCGGCUGCCUGGACAGGUGUGUCGUAUCCCAAACAAGCCGAUGCUGUCAUUCCGUGGAGGUCAGAUGGGCUGCUUCACUCUAUGUUUCUCUCAUGAGGGCAGGGUCAUGGCUGCUGCUUGUGCAGACAGAGAUGCGUUCCCCGUUAUAGUGUAUGAAAUCCCCUCAGGCAAAGUCCUAGCAUCGUUUAAUGGCCACCUCAGUAUCGUCUAUGAUCUCUGCUGGAGCAGAGAUGACGCAUGUCUUCUGUCGGCAUCCUCCGACGGAACAGUCAGAGUGUGGAACGUUGAAAGACUGCAGGGACUUGCUCAGAAGAUCCUCCCCCACCCAUCGUUUGUAUACACUGCCCAAUAUCACCCUCAGGCCCAAAGCCUGGUGGUAACAGGGGGCUAUGACGGUCUGCUUCGAGUCUGGAAUUUAGAUGUUAGAGACGUGAAUGGACAACUCCUGCAAGAGUUUGAGGGACACAAGACUUUCAUCAAUGCACUGUGUUUUGAUAGUGAAGGGAGCAGGAUGUUUUCUGGAGACAAUGCUGGCCUAAUAAUUGUAUGGAGUACCAAAGUAGAGGAUGGACCAUGGCAUGCAGCAGCAUGUUUGUGGAAAAUUGACAAAGAAAUAAAGGAAAGUGAACUGAACGGAAUUCCUAUCAGCUCACUAGAAGUCCAUCCAAAUGGACGGCGUCUUCUGAUCCAUGCCAAGGACAGUGUUUUGCGAGUGAUGGAUUUGAGAAUCUUUGCUAUAAAGAAAUAUAUAGGUGCCACAAAUUACAGGGAGAGGAUCAAUAGUACCUUUACACCAUGUGGAAACUUUAUCUUCUCAGGCAGUGAGGAUGGACUUGCCUAUGUGUGGAACGCUGAGACUGGUGAUCAAGUGGCGAUGUACUCAGAGCUGUGCUACCCGACUGCUCUCCGUGGAGUGGCUUUCCAUCCUCAUGAGCACUUGGUGGCGUUUUGUGCCUUUGGGCAAAAUCAACCAAUUCAGUUAUACGUGUAUGACCGAAAAGUUACUCAGUUGGAGCUGGAGAGUAUAAAAGUGCCGAACAGGUCUGACGCUGCUGUGAGUAAAACAUUGAGGAAUCAGACCGAGACUCUUGCGCUCCAGGAUUCUUCAGCUUCUGGGGUGGACCGAUUCGCCAGUGCUGCUCGCGUGUCCCUUAAGAUGCAGCGCGUUAAACAGAAAUUAGACUCAGUUCUGGAGCCACAUCACAGUACCUCUGGCACGGAGUACCUCUAUGAACAUGGCAGCAUGUCUCAGUUGGGGCGGGGCUCAUUCCAAGAGGCAAGUGGACAAGCGUCAGAUAUGUUUAUAAUAAUUCAACAUCAAUCAGGAAUCCAACUGGUAAUUUGUCUUACUGUGUUUCAGGGUCUGCAUACGUCUCUCCCUGCUCCAUCUCUGCUGUCUCCUCACUCCAACCUGCAGCUGUCCAGCUCACUUGGUGCUCAGCUAAUUCCUCAGGCCACGCUCAGCUCACAAACAUUUGGCGCCACUGCUUUCGGGCAUUCCAUUAGAAGAAUACCAUCAGUAAAGCAAAGGAGUCUACCAGAUCAUGAAUUUCAAUUACAAGUUGAGGCCGAUAUUGAACAAGCCCAGCAGACGGUUGUGACCCUGUACGACUACAAGGCCAAUCGUUCAGAUGAGCUGACAUUACGGCGCGGUGAUGUGAUCCAUGUGCUGCACAAAGACAAUGACAACUGGUGGUUCGGAUACUUAGCCAGUGGACAUCGGGGCUACUUCCCAGCUGCCUAUGUGGCUGAUCAAAAGGGAUUUGAUGAAGACCUCUCACGGGCAAUAGAGGCACAACCUGGACCCUCUGAGCAAAUAAAUCAAGGAGUUAACAGAGUCCCAUCCAGCAAGUUGUCUGCAGCUGUCAGUUCAUCUGGAGAGCUGAAGAUCAUUUCUGAGCAGGACACUGAUGCUGAAGCAUCUUCUGUCAAAACUAAAAAGAAAAAGAAGAAGGUGAAGAAAAGUGAGCUUUCUUGUGAUCUUCCACCAACCCCAUCAGCAGAUCCUGACACUUCUGGAGCUUCUACCAGGAAAAAGAGACCUCUUCCCCAAUUAGGACAAACCCACAGAUCUUUCAAAUUUGAUGCUACGAAUCAGGAGCAAGUGUCAGAUCGGGGUGACAAUUAAUACUCAGGAGAAAGGAAAAAUAUAUACAGUACAUAUUAAAAUCACCAGUGUACUUAAUUAUAUUUUUGUAAUCAAGCCUUCUAUUUGUAUUUUGUAAUUUUAUAAUGUUUAUAUUUUAAUACACAAUCCUAAUUGA